AUGUUGUCGUGGCUGUGGCCAGUAGCUCAACAUUUCUGGGAGCACCGACUUCAAUUUUUCAUCCCACUCUCCACCAACUUCCGCCAACCACCACAACAACAAAAUCACCCGCGACUGCAGCAUCAACAAAUCCACUCCCAGCAGACCUCACCUCAUCCACAAAAACCCGACUCCUCCAUGCCAAUCAAAAAACGCCGGAAAACCCUAACAGAAUUGGGGAGAGGGACGAUCUUUGGUACCACGGUAGACGACAAUAUAGACCUACUAAACAAGGUAAACACGAGGAUCAAUGAGACCAAACCGCUGUGGUCUUCGGACGACAGCUUCAAUCGGCGAACCUUCAUCCUCCAGGAUGGAGGAAACUUCGUCUCCAACGAUGAUGCUGAUAACAACAGCAGCAGCAGCAGCAACAACAACAGCAAUAACAACAACAUCAGCAUCAACAACAACAACAUCAACAACAACAACAUCAACAACCACAACAACAACAACAACAACAGCAUCAACAACAACCAUAACAUCAACAACAACAUCAACAACAAUAAUACUAAUAAUGACAUGAACAGAAUAGCGUUAACCAGGCUUAAACAUAGUUGGAUGUUUGCCAGAAGAGCACGGAAGUAA